GAGGGGUGGGAGCGCUUGGAGCGCGUGCGUGCGCUGAGGGGAGGCAGGCGGCCGGGCUCGGUGGCGGCCCAACGGCCGUAACGGCUCCAGCGGUCGGGACGGUUCCCGCGGUUUUAACGGCUCUAACGCCGGCCGCAGCCUUCUUCUCCUCCUCUUCCUCCGGCGGCGGCCGGGCUGCCGGAGUCUUUAACUCCUAAUAGGAAACUGGAAUGGAGAGUACAGUAUCAGUCACAUUCCUUGUGUUGUUUUCCAUACUAUUGUGUGAAAGUUAUCAUCAUGGAGUGGAGACAGGCACAGUUGUGCAGACAUUGGAGAGAACUUUUCCGGAAAAGGCAGCCAGUGUUAACAUUGACUUGGCAGGGUUAAUACAGAAACUUCACCUUCAAGAACUUUUUCGUCGUUAUGGGGAAAACAACUCUCUGACGAUUGAAGGAUUUAGAAAACUGCUCCAGAACAUAGGUAUAGAUAAGAUGAAGAGGGUUAAAAUAGACCAUGAUCAUGACCAUGAUCAUCAUCUUCAUCAUAACCACAUUUCACUGAGUAAAAACUCUGAGAAGACUGUUUGUCCAAACCACGAAUCUGAUGCUAGCAAAGACCCCCGGAACAGUCAUUCGAAAGAACCUCAUAAAGCAGAGAACAUAGAUCAUCAGCAGAACUUGGUACGCAGCAAGAACGCUGUUAAUGAAAUAGUGGUGUCUAUCAACACUACCCCCACAGAUGGCAAUCCUGAGCUGCAGAGUCUGGAUCCUGGAGAAGGCAAGUCGGUUGCUCGGUUAGGUCUGACUAGCUCUAACGCCAUUAACAUCACAGAUGGCAGCAAUACCAGUUGGCUUGCUAACAGCAAAGCAAAUGAAUCCCUUGCUUCUCCGAAGGAAUCAGAAAGAGGAAGUUACCUGUAUUCUAAACUUAAAAACCAAAAUACCCAAGAGUGCUCCAGUGCAUCCAAGCUGAUGCAGUCCCAUGGAAUAGGCACUCAAGCUCUGUUGACUGCUACAGAAUUUAGCUAUCUUUGUCCAGCUCUUAUUAAUCAGAUUGAUGGCAAGUGCUGCAUCGUCCAUGCAAGUAGUGAAAAAAAUGAAACUCCUCCAAAAGGUUACUCUUUGCAAAUAGCUUGGAUUGGUGGCUUCAUAUCCAUCUCCGUCAUCAGUUUUCUUUCCUUAUUGGGUGUUAUAUUGGUACCUCUGAUGAAUCGUGUAUUUUUCAAAUUUCUUCUAAGUUUCCUUGUGGCAUUGGCUGUGGGGACUUUAAGUGGAGAUGCCUUCUUACAUCUCCUUCCACAUUCUCACGGAAACCACCACCAUCACCACGAAAAGCCUCCCCUGGAACAAAACAAAGGUUCUCUGUUCAAACAUCUUGUUUUUCAAAGUACAGAGGAGAGUGCUUACCUGGAUUCUACGUGGAAGGGACUUACAGCACUUGGCGGCUUGUAUUUCAUGUUUCUAGUGGAGCAUUUGAUCACUUUAAUAAAGCAGUUCAAAGACAAGAAGAAAAAGCAGCCAGCCAUGCAAGAAGAAGAAGAAGUCAUGAUAGCUCAUUCUCAUCAAGAGGAGGCUGACAGUGAAUAUGUGUCCAGGGGCUGUAGAAACAAAUGUCAUUCUCACUUACAUGAUACUCUGGGACAGACGGAUCAUCUCAGCCACCACCACCACGAUUACCACCACAUCCUGCAUCAUCAUCAUCAUCAGAACCAUCAUCCACACAGUCACAGCCAGCGCUACUCACGUGAGGAGCUGAAGGAUGCUGGAAUAGCAACUCUGGCCUGGAUGGUGAUCAUGGGAGACGGGCUGCACAACUUCAGUGACGGCCUAGCAAUUGGAGCAGCCUUUACUGAAGGGUUAUCAAGUGGUUUAAGCACUUCUGUAGCUGUAUUUUGCCAUGAAUUACCUCAUGAACUAGGAGACUUUGCCGUGCUUCUGAAGGCUGGUAUGACUGUCAAGCAAGCUGUGCUUUACAACGCGCUGUCAGCGAUGUUGGCCUAUCUUGGAAUGGCGACUGGGAUCCUUAUCGGUCAUUACGCCGACAACGUUUCCAUGUGGAUAUUUGCACUUACUGCUGGCUUGUUCAUGUACGUGGCUCUUGUGGAUAUGGUACCUGAAAUGCUUCACAACGAUGCUAGCGACCAUGGAUGUAGCCGCUGGGGAUACUUCCUCUUACAGAAUGCUGGGAUUCUGCUGGGUUUUGGGAUCAUGUUGCUUAUCUCUGUGUUUGAACAUAAAAUUGUAUUCAGCAUAAACCUGUAACCUUUGCUGCUGGGAACAGAGCUUGCCGUUACAUUGAAAAACAACAGGUAGCUGUUCUUCUAUCCUGUAACGGAGGGGUACGCAUGAUAGAAGCUGAAUGUUUUUAUUGGUGUAUAUAUUGCGUCACUUUCCCCCCCCACGCAGAUCUUUUUCCCUCCUGUAGAAAUGCAACUAAGUGUUUUUCACUCAGAAUUUAGUUCUGCAUAUGGUACUAUGGGAAGGCAUACUUAGGAAGUCAUCGUGAAAGUGCCAAAUCUAUGAACGCGUUAUCACCUGUGGUGGUGGUGGGGAUCUAGUCUUUUUUUUGUGAAUUUACUUACUGUAAGUAAUUAUGUGUAACCUUGGUGUGUUUUUUUUUUUACUUUGGUAUUUUUUACCACAUUUAUUUCUUUAUACCAACAAGACAAAUGUCAGUGGUUCUUAUUCUAGCACAAUCAAAAGCAGUGAGUAGAAAGCACUGUGAGCAGUGUAAAACAAAGGCUGGCAGUGGGUAGUGUGUGCUUAUAUUGGUAGAGAUGAGUCUCUCCUGCAUCCACCUGGUUUACACAGGGUGGCAGAUGAGCCCCCUCCACCCUUUUGGCAGUGGUUCUGCUUGUGGAUUCUGUUUCCUAUUCCAGCUGCUUUCUACUCCCAAUGGUUUCCUGUGAAAUCCCAUUUCAGUUGUUUGCAACAAGUAUGUUUUACCUGCUUCAUCCCGUCUGAUGUGUGUUACUCUUCACUGAUUACUCAGAUCAGCAACAACAGUACAGCUAUUAUGUUGUAAAGCAUAGCUGUGCCUAUAAUACACUUGAAUUCCAUUAAAAAGACUUAAAGCAGUGCUUUAUCACA